UGGAAUGCCCCCUUGGGGCAGGCGACCAAUAAGGGUUCCCGACAGAGCUGGAGCGGGACCAGGGUACCGCUACAGGGCCAGGCACCAGCAGCAUCUCCGAUGGGUGGGCGCAGGGCAAGUGUGCGCGCACUCUGAGGAUUCCGGAGCCUGCGCGCUGGCCUGUUCCUGGACUCAGUCCCCCGGUCCCACGCCUGCCACCCCAGUCCCAGGUCCCUGCCUUGCUUCCCUUCGUGCCUGUCUGCUGAUGUGCCCAGCCUGUGUCCACCAUGCCACCCUCCAUCACGGCCUUCCAGGCGGCCUACAUCAGCAUCGAGGUGCUCAUUGCCCUGGUCUCCGUGCCUGGGAACGUGCUGGUGAUCUGGGCCGUGAAGGUGAACCAGGCUCUGCGGGAUGCCACCUUCUGCUUCAUUGUGUCACUGGCGGUGGCUGAUGUGGCAGUGGGUGCCCUGGUCAUCCCACUUGCUAUCCUCAUCAACAUUGGGCCACAGACCUACUUCCACACCUGCCUCAUGGUUGCCUGCCCAGUCCUUAUCCUCACCCAGAGCUCCAUCCUGGCCCUGCUGGCCAUUGCUGUGGACCGAUACCUUCGUGUCAAGAUCCCUCUCCGGUACAAGACGGUGGUGACCCCCCGGAGGGCGGCGGUGGCCAUCGCCGGCUGCUGGAUCCUCUCCUUUGUGGUGGGCCUGACACCUAUGUUUGGCUGGAACAAUCUGAGCGAGGUGGAGCGGGCCUGGGCAGCCAAUGGCAGCAUGGGGGAGCCCGAGAUCAAGUGUGAGUUUGAGAAGGUCAUCAGCAUGGAGUACAUGGUCUACUUCAACUUCUUUGUCUGGGUGCUGCCACCGCUGCUCCUCAUGGUCCUCAUCUACCUGGAGGUCUUCUAUCUGAUCCGAAAGCAGCUCAACAAGAAGGUGUCAGCCUCCUCUGGCGACCCACAGAAGUACUACGGGAAGGAGCUAAAGAUUGCCAAGUCACUGGCUCUCAUCCUCUUCCUCUUCGCCCUCAGCUGGCUGCCCUUGCACAUUCUGAACUGCAUCACCCUCUUCUGCCCUUCCUGCCACAAGCCCAGCAUCCUCAUCUACAUCGCCAUCUUCCUCACACAUGGCAACUCGGCCAUGAACCCCAUCGUUUACGCCUUCCGCAUCCAGAAGUUCCGGGUCACCUUCCUCAAGAUUUGGAAUGACCACUUCCGUUGCCAGCAUACACCCCCUGUUGAUGAGGAUCUCCCAGAAGAGAGGCCUGAUGACUAGACUCCAUCCUCUGCUCCCACAAGCCCACACCCAGCAGGGUCAGCCCAGGCCUCACCUGCCAGCUGUCUCGCUGGUCUCCCUGAGUCUGCCCUGGCUGGGCUGUGGGCAUAGGGGAAGCUCUGAAGAGAUAGAUGCCCACAGGAUUAGGGUUCCCUCCACAAAGAGCUAAGUUCCCUGCACCUGUGAGGCAGCUCAUGGAUAAGGAAGUGGGUACCCUGCUGUGAGAUAAAGUGUCUUGGUCCCCCACGGGCCUGGCCAUCCCCGGCAGUCCAGAGCUUCAGGGCUGGGCAGGUCCUUGGGGGGCUGAGAUGACAGAGGAACCCCUCAGGCUAGGAGAAGGUGCUUGGGCUUCUGUAGCAAGGCAGGGGAGUCUGCUUGUCUUAGGUGUUGGUGGUGCUGCCCUGGGACCAAGCUGAGGGAGAGGAAAGGAUGCCUACUGAGAUAGAGGGAAGGAAGAAAUCUGGUGAUGUUCUGGCCUUGCUUCUCUUCAGAAGCAGCUAAGAGUCAGGAAUCAAGGAGCCUUAGUCCCCACUGCUAAGGACUCUUGUGCCCCAGGCCAUACUGGGUGCCAGGGUGCUUGCUCUCCCUUCCCUGGGAAUCCCAGGAUUGUAUUUGGGAGAAGUAGGUAGAGUGUGUUUAGACAUCAUUUUUGUCAUUUGCUUUAUUUGCCAUUGGCCCUCUGGGUGGAGGCUGUGAGCCCCAGGAAAGGAGCAUGGUGUAGUAGGUGCUGAUCUCAGACAGCCACCAGGAGGCAGCACUGAGCCUUCAUCAUGGCCCUGAGCUUUCCGAGGAGUCUAGAGUGUAAUUACCUGUCAUCUGGGGCCACCGAGCUCCACUGGCCCAAUGACAGGCCUGGACUCUCCUAGUUGACACCAUCUCUGCUGCUUUUGGACCCCAUGGAGAGGAAAAACCCAGACACCCAGCUCUUGGGAGAGUUCUGCCUGCCUAGGGAGAGUGAGGGCUAGGGAAGGGGUCUGCAAGGACCCAGUGCUGACUGUGGGCACACCUGGGCUGAGGUAUGGUAGGCUGCGGCAGGCUAGGGGAGACCACCCUCCUGAGAGUGUGGGGGAAGGUCUUUUUGGCAUUUAAAUACCCUAAACACCCUGGUAUCUAAUUCUGUUUUUAGGGGUUUUGGAAGCUCUGUUGCAGACGGAGUCUAGGCCUCUAGGGAUCUGGGUAAAGACCAACUCCCUCUCUGUGAAGCCUGGAGCCCCUUCACAGAGUGGUGGAUUGAAGGAGGGGAGGUGGUCAUCAAGUUGGCCGGUUCUGAGUGUGAAUAUUGACUCCGGGCCCUUCCCUCUGUUGGAGAUGGGUGUCCCCUGGCUCCCAAGGGAGGCCCACGUGACUAAUAAAACAUUAUGAACCCUGUGGAAA